AUGAAAGAGGAGGCGCUUCCCAACGCUACAGAAGAGCAGCCUGGCUGGUUUGUACCUGGCAACACCAGCAGCAACUCCUUGUACCUCUCCAAGGCUCCUCCUCUUCCCCUGAACCCUUGGGAUGUGGUUCUUUGCGUUUCCGGGACCAUCAUCUCCUGCGAGAAUGCAAUUGUGGUGGCCGUCAUCUUUUACACCCCUGCCUUCCGGACUCCCAUGUUCCUCUUGAUCGGGAGCUUAGCCACUGCCGACCUCUUAGCUGGCUUGGGCCUCAUUUUCCACUUUGCCUUCAUCUACUGCAUCCCGUCCGAGGCGGUGAGCCUGGUGACGGUGGGCCUCCUGGUCUGCUCGUUCACGGCCAGCGUGGGCAGCCUCCUGGCCAUCACCAUAGACCGGUACCUGUCCCUCUACAAUGCACUGACCUACUACUCGGAAAGGACUGUCACCAGGACGUACAUCAUGCUCAUCAUCACCUGGGGGAUCUCCAUCUGCUUCGGCCUCUUGCCCGUGAUGGGCUGGAACUGCCUCAAGGACAACUCCAGCUGCAGCAUCGUCAAGCCGCUGACCAAGAACAACCUCAUCAUCCUCUCCAUCUCCUUCUUCAUGGUCUUUGCCAUGAUGCUGCAGCUGUACGUGCAGAUCUGCAAGAUCGUUUGCCGGCACGCUCAGCAGAUCGCCCUGCAGAGGCACUUCUUGGCCACCUCGCACUAUGUCACCACGCGGAAAGGGAUCUCCACGCUGGCUGUCAUCCUGGGGACCUUCGCUUCCUGCUGGCUGCCGUUUGCCAUUUACUGCCUCCUGGGAGAUUACACCUACCCGGCUCUCUACACGUACAUGACUGUGCUACCCGCCACCUACAAUUCCAUGAUCAACCCCGUGAUCUAUGCCUUCAGGAACCAGGAAAUCCAGAAAGUAUUGUGGAGCAUAUGUUGCGGGUGCAUCUCUUCCGCCAUGCCUUUCCAGUCCAGAUCUCCCAGCGAUGUAUGA